ACGAUUCUGUGGAUGUUGAGAACCUGUUUACCAAGAAAUUCAAUCCAUACCGAUUGAUUGGCGGGAGAAAAUAUGUAUUCCCUUCGGCGCACUGCUUGUCGACUUUUAUCCUCGCCCACUCCGCUUCUCGUCCGGUCGAGGUUAGCCGCGGUGUCGAAUCCUCCUCAUCAUAUACCUCUCUGUCGAACGAUAUCUCAAAGUGAAUGGGCUAGGAAGGGCGUCCAGUCCAUAGCCACCGAUACAGGUUCCGCGAUCAAGACGACAGCUACGCCUACAAGUCCCACAUCCGACGCACCAGAGUCAUCGACACAAUGCGAAGCCGACAUAGUGCAAGAAGCCGCUGAACAAAUUAUAGAAGUUCCACCAGAGGUGAAAGAUACAUCAUAUACUGCUGCAAAGAGCAGCGCAUCGACACCAAACUCUGCGUCGAAUCCAAGUUUUGACGUUGAUCUUUCGCAAAUCAGAGAAGCGGCCGCGGGUGAAUCAGAGGCGGAGCGGAAACGGCUCGAGGAAGAUAGCUGGGAGAGUUUCAGGAAGAGACAGUCAGAGCCAAAGGAGACGGUAUUUCUCGGCAACCUUUUUUACGAUUUGACUGCGGGAGAUUUGAAGAAGCACAUGUCGAAGUUUGGGGUUGUUCGUGCGGCGAACAUUAUAUAUGACGAUAGGGGUAUUAGUAAAGGAUUUGGCUACGUUCAGUUUGACAGAUGGCAGUCCGCGCAGACGGCAAUUGAAGCAAUGCACAUGAAAAUCUUCCAAGGGCGCCGUGUCACCAUGCACUACUCCCACUCCAGCCUCAUCGCUAACCGGGAAGCAAUACAACCCUCAAAGGUGCUGUAUGUCGGAAACAUGCCGUUUGAGAUGACGGACCGCGAUUUCAAUACUCUUUUCCGCAGCAUCAACAAUUUGAUUGAUGUUCGGGUAUCAAUGGAUCGUCGGACAGGCCAAUUCCAGGGCUACCUUCAUGCGGAGUUUACAGACAUUAAAAGUGCAACAAUCGCACUUGAGAGACUCUCUCUGAAAAGACCGUACAAACGAAAGCUUAACGUGACGUUCUCUAACAACGUUCGGCUGUCCAAAGGAACCGAGUUGGUUAUGCCGGCCGACAUCGACAAAAUAUAAUAUCACUGAGCAAGCAUUUUGAGGCGCCGGGGCGGUUUUAUUCGGGAUCGGAUCCAGGAAUUGAGUGUACUUUUAGCGCGAGCACUUGUAUAUAAAUCUGAUGUAAAAUAGAGUCCAUUACAUUAAUCCCCUGCUCUGGGAUCGGUCAGCACAUAGCUUUUUAACUAUGCCAUUGCUAGGUACACGUGACUGAAAGGGACCUCGG